AUGGUAGCAGCUGCCGCGGUUUUCGCCGGCUCGGACAGCACCCGCGGCGAACGCUACGCCACCGACAGCGGCGGCAGUAACGGCACCGUCGACUAUGACGGGAAGGAGAGAAACACGUCCCCGGCGGGGCUCGCUCCGUUCGGCACGGUUGACGCCGACACUCCCGCAAGAGCCUCCGCCGCCCUUGCUACCGCCGCCGCCGGUCCGCAGUCGUUACCGCAACCGGAAGCACCACGCACGCUGCCUGCAUCUAGAGGAGGGCGGAACCAGGACAGUGAGCCCUCGUUUUGGGGGGAGCGGGCACGGCCUUCCGACGGCGGCGGUAAAGGCGGCGGCGGGGGCGGCGGCGUAGUUGCCAAAGACGGCGAUGCGGAGGCGUUGCUCGCGCGGUUGGCUGGCAAGGCCAAGCAGGCGGCGGCCGUGGCGUUGUCCGCGUCCGCGGCUUCGGGAGGCAUGACGCCCGACCUCACCGCUCGAUCGGCACCAACGGGAACAGUGACGAGGAACGUCAAGUCCGCGGGAGUCGAAUCCAUUACCGAUGCUACCGUUCGAGUGAGAUUCUCGGGGGAUAAAGGCCACCUCGGUGCCGCCAUCAAGCGAGGCACCACCGGAGAGGACUGCCGCGAUGAGAGCACGGUUACGGCCGUGGGCAGGCAAGUGCCGGAGGUGGCGGCGGCGGCGGGAGGAGUCGCCGUCGACGGCGGCGCGAGACUGGCGGAACUGUGCAAGGAAGACAAGACCAAGGUGGCUCGCCUGAUGCAGGACCUCGUGAAGCUCAGGCAAGAGAAGGAGGGCCAGAAGACCCGCUUCGAGCGGCUGCGGGCGCAGAAUGAGUCGAUCGUGAAGCAGAUGGCCGGCCUCAAGGACAAGUUCGGGCAGAGCAUGCAGCUCCUCAGGAAGUACCAGAGCAUCGUGCAAGAGGGCGGUGCGGCUGACGAAGGAGGAGGAGUCGGAGUGAGGGGUAAAGGAGGAGCGGCUGGUGCCGGCAAGCGAUUGGAGAAGCAAGAAGCGGCAGCGGUGGCGGCGGCAGCGGCAGCGGCGGCGGCGGAGAUUCAAGCUCUGCGCGAGACCCUCCGGUUGGCCGAGGAGUCGACGCGGAAAGCCGAGGCGGAAGCGGCGGCGCAACGCUCCGGUCGCACCGCCAUGGCGGAGGAGCUGCGGCAGGCGAGGGGGCAAGCAGAUGAACUUCGCCGGCAACUUGACCAUCACCGCCGACUGCAAGCUAGAGACAGCCCCGUUGCGGCCAGAGAGGGUCCUCGCCGCAAUGACCUCGGAUUGCUCGGCGGGGAGGGCGCUCAUUCCUCGGGUCCGGCGUCCCACCAACAACCGGUCGCGCCCCUGCUCGCGCCUGUCCACGAUCACGCCACCAAGGGUGUUUCCAACGCCACUGCCGCCUCCCCCUCCGCCGCCGUUGAUACCGCGGAGCCUCUGCCGGGGACAGGCGGCAAGGAAGGCGUGGCGGCGGUGGUUAGAGGCGCAGACGGCCGAGCCGUAUCAAUCAGCGGCGAAGAAAAGCCGUCCGCCCCUUCGGGAGGGGUUGUGUUAGUUUCGCCCGGGGGCGGGCGUACGACGGGCCCGGGGGGCGACAUCACGGGCGGCAAUUUCGGGGUUGUCGGUAGGGGCGGCGGUGUGAACCCCCCCCCCCCCAUCGGUGUUGGUGCCCCCCCCGGUCCCGGUGUUGGGGCGAGAGGUUGCCCCCCCCCCCCUUCUCCCAAACGGGUUCGCCCGUGUUUGGAGGGAGAAGCGGUACCAGGCGCGGCUUUUAGUGUUGAGCUGGAUCCCGUCAAGGAGCAGAUGGAAAUCCUGAAACAGCAGCUCGUCAUGGUCGGAGUUCAGCAGCUGGCUCUCACUGGCGUCCGCACGGGAGCCGCGCUACUGAACGGCCGCCACAGCGGCGGCAGUGGCGGCGGACCUGCUCACCCCUUCAACGACCCAGCUGCUGCUUCUCCUGCUGUUGAUGCUGCUGCCGCUCAUUCCACUGCUGUCGGCGAUCGCCGCCCAAUCCCCGGUCCCCCAGGAGUCGGGAGAGGCGGUGGAGGGGCGGGGGGCUCGGGGGCAGCGAGCGAUGGCUUUGGGAGCACUCGCGUGAUGUCGCAGCAGCAGCAGGAGUUGUGUACGAGAAGAAGAAGGAAUGGCGAGAAGGGGGGCGAUGUAGAUGGGGGGGGAAGCGUACAAAGAGACGGGGGGCGGGGCGACAACAACGACGACGGCGUCGGCUUCGGAGAUGCCGAACGGCUUGACGACGAGGACGGGGAGGACGGGGUCGGUUGGUGGGCGCGGUCGGCCGACAAGCUGCUGCUCGCCGCCGGAAGCACGGCCGGAAGAGGCGACGGCCGAAAAAGAUACGACGGCGGCGGCGGUGGCGGCGGCAGGAGCGGAGGCGUUUUCUCGAUGGACGGUGGCGGACGGGGGGCGCUCGCCGAGCCCCUCCCGCACGCUCCGACCGAUAGGUCGCCGCCCGGAGGAGUAAGAGGAGGAGGAGGAGGAGGAGGAGCAGGAGCAGGAGCAGGAGGAGCGAGACAUGGUGCUCGUUCGCCGCGCAGAAAGCCGUGUCGGCAAGAGGACGGAGUGGCUAGCGUCUCCGAAAUCGCCGAGGCCGGGGGGGCUCCUGGCGCUUCUUCGAGCGGGGGCAAGAAGCUCCGGGCGGCGGCGGGGGGGCGGGCGGCGCCGGGUAACGGGGGUGCGGGAGCAUGCCGUGAGCUCGGGGUGGCAGCGCUUGACCGCCGUCGUCGCCGCUCGCGAUCUACGAUGGGAUCUACGAUGGGAUCAACGAUGGGAUCUACGGUGGGAUCUACGGUGGGAUCUGCUAUGGGAUCUACGAUGGGAUCUACGAUGGAAUCUACGAUGGGAUCUACAAUGGGAUCUACAAAGGAAUCUACAAUGGGGUCUUCAAUGGGAUCUACGAUGGAAUCUACGAUGGAAUCUACGUUGGGAUCUACGACGGGUUCUGCGACGGCGCCUAUGAGUGGAGGAGGUCCGCCACUCGCGGGAGACAAGUACCACCCACGGGUGAAGACGAGAGCGACGGCUGUCCCGGGGUCCCGCCGCCGGUUGAUGCACCCUCCCCUUUCCAGCGGGGGGACAACGACAACAACAGGAACAGCGAAGAAGACAGCAGUAGUAGCGGACUGCCCUCGGAACACUGCCGCUGCUGUCGUCGUUUCCGAGCCCGGACGACGACGCCCGCCGCCGACGGCGAUGACACCGCCGAACGCCUCCUUUUCUCGCAUCACCAGCAGCAGCCACCACGGCGUUGCCGCGGGUGCUGCUGACGGCAUCGGUUCACUCCGGAGCGGCGGCGGUAGCAGAAGAACUACCGGCGGGAAGCCGGGGUCACGGUGCUUGCGGCGGGGGGACGAUGGCGAAGAGGAGACCGUUCCGAUGGAAGGCCACAAGGCCAAGACGAGGCGGUGUCUCUCGCCGACAAAGGGGAAGGUCGUGAAAGCGGCCGCCGCUGACAACGGGGGAUGGGACCGCAGCAGCGGCGGCGGCGGCGGCGACGGCGACGGCGGUAGCAGAGGGUGGAGGAAGGAGGAAGGCGGCGGCGGUGGCGGCCUGCUGCAGGAGACGAAGUGGCGUGCCGCCGGGCUAGAAGCCGUGAUUCUCUCCGACGAUGAUGAUGCGGACGAGGCGCUAGCAACGCUGGGCGGCGAGAGCUUUUUCGACGGCUCCCUCCUGGAUCUGAUCGACGACCUCGAGGGUCCAGACUUGAGCGGCCGCGCGUCUGCGGAGGCGGUGCAAUAGGCGGUGCCCCCUCCCCCCCCCGGCAACUGCAUGGAUCAGCUGCUGCUGCGGGUAGUAACUCCUAUUUCUCGCUAGCUGCGCCCAGGGUGGCCGGCCCAUCCGAGGCUGUGUGGAGGAGGGAAAGGGAGGUUUUCGGCGGUGGUUGUUACAGUAGCGCAGCCUCUCCGCGGAGGUAGUGGCUUGAGCCUUCUUGUCUAGCACCUUUUUUCGGGAUCCGAGCUUUUUUUCGCGACAUCUAUUAAUACAAGCAUGAUGUAUAUACUCUUAUCUGCUUGAAAAGUUUUGUUGUGCGCAUCGAGAUAGAAACGGGAAUAUGGGCGUGACGAAAUUAGAGGGGGGCAGCAUAAAUGCGAUGGACUCCGCUCCCUGAGGAGAUGUUUGGUGCUCGCAGUCUUUGGCACUCCGGAGAGAGACUCGCACCCGCGAUCUAGAGGGCCAGAAGGUUACCAUGUUUCCAACUGAGCCGCAUAGGGGCGACAAAACGCAGAACUAGGCUAGACCAAAGCAUUGUAGAGAACGGACUUGGUCCCAAGGAAAGAAAGCACAAGAACUUGCUCCAG